AUGGCGCCGUGUGGUCCAUUUCGCAUGAGAACAACGGCUGCUACUAACCAGAGGACCUUGUCAAACGGAUCUAACACCAUGGGAGAUGACACACGGCUUCUGGCGGCAACAAAAUCGCCCUUAAUCCCAUCGAAAGCACUCGAUGCUACUUCUCCUGAAAUCCAAAAUUCUCUUCGAAAUUCCCUCGAUCAUGCUAUCGUCCAAUACAUCCAUGGCCAUUAUGAUUCCGAUGGUUUCGCAGACAUCCCUCUGACCAGGAAGACUACGCCGAUGAGGAAAGCAUACAUCAUUAAUCCUGGAGCAGUCGUUGAGGCAACACAGAGGACGCAUCCCUCCAAUCGAUUUUAUGCAUUGCGGGAUAAUGAUCAGUGGCUUGCACGACAAGUCCAUGAUAGCGAUGAUAACUCGGUUGAUACCAUUACUACCACCGGCACUCACUCAGUAGCGGAUUCCCAAACAGAAGAUAAUAUUCCCACCCCGCCUCGAGUUAAUCGCCGCAAUAACAAUCACACUGGUAAACUCUCAGCCACAAUCCACAGAACCCAACGAUCGGUCAUUAUUGCGAAGGUAGUCGACCCUUUGCCGCUCCCUCCCAUCCUUGCAACAACCACCACCAUUGACGCGACACCAGUCAUUUGGGAGAUGCAACCUCGUCAACGAAGUCAGCGGCGUAAGGCAAAACGUGGUGGUAACAUAGCCAAAAGAAAUCGAGCUAUUCAUCCCAGUGCUUGCAACAAUCAGGUACCUACUGCCGACACGACUAUGGAGCCCAUCGAAAACACAGGUGCCUGGCCUCCGCUCUCUACCCAGUCAGUGGUCGCCAAACCGCAGCAUCAAGGGCCAACGAACUGGAAUAAACUUAACAACACGAAGACGCUAACCAACCCGGAAACCGACCAAAAAUUAUCACCGGCAAUGCAGAUCAGCCGCAAGAAGACGAAGCCACUUCAGUUGAAUUCGGUUAUUGCUGAUACACCACAACAAGCCAAUGCUGACACACUGCAAACACAACACGAGGGUGACGAGUGCUCCUUGGUCGCCUCCAAAACCACCAAAAAGAAGAUCAAGUUUCGGUUGAAGCAAUCUAUUCAGGAAUUCCUCUGUCAUCAGCUCACCGCGUCAACCAAUCCGAAAAUGUGCAGAACCAAAACUCGAAUAGGGUUGACAACACUGCGACCACUCCCAAUUACAACAACAGCAACAGCAAUCACCUUGGAUCGGCUAAUGCACCUAUUGAUCUCGUCUCUCCACCAAAGAUGUCGACAACUACCAAACCAACAAGCAAGACAAGGAAUCACGAUCUCUGCUCAGCACAUCUGGACGAUGUCACCACAAUGA